UCAAACUUAACUCAGCCGUUUGACGCUGAACGUCGUUGAUGCGUAUUUACGCGCUGCAUUUCUGGCGGUUCAUUUCAGAAAUACUUGCGGCCACGUUCACUGUUUCAUUUCAAAUGUGUAUCCUUACAAGCUCGGCUUCAUCACAGUAAUGAACUCUAGUAUUAUUGCCUGUAACAAACACAUCAAAACAGUGAUUCUGUUUCUGCCAUUUGUGCGUAAAAUGAAACGCUUUCCCUGUUAUGUGAGUUAGAGGACAGUGGAGCAUGCAGCCUCACUCUCAUGCUUAUGACAGAAAACAUCUGCGCAGUAAUUUUGCGCCAAUAAUUCGUCAUGGCCACAUUUGAAUAUGCUACUGCAAACUCACAGCAGGGAAGAAGCCAUGAAAUCAGCUCAGGGUCUAGCAGCUCUGAUACAAACUGAGCGCACUGUGAUGGCAGCAGCAGGAGAGCAGGCCUGCUUAAACUGUAAGCUGCUGAAAUCUAAACAAGUCCAUCAAGUCACCUGGCAGAAAGUGUUACCUGAUGGAGAGAGGAAUGUUGCCACCUACAACAUAUACUCUGGUCAAAGAGUGAAUGCAGGUUAUAAAGGUAAAGUGCAGUUUAAAUAUGUUGGGCUGCAGAACAGCUCCAUAGUGAUCCAGGACGUGACCGAGCAGGAUGAAGGAUGCUAUCGCUGCUUGUUCAACACCUGGCCUGAUGGUGCUCUCAUCUGUUCAACCUGCCUUAAACUCUACGAGCUGCACGAACCCGUUCUCCACUUCAGAGAGUCAAACGUCUCUCAGGGGGUCAUCGUGUCCUGCUCUGCCACAGCUCGACCAACUCCCACUGUCACGUUAAGAGUCCUGCAUCAUGAACUCAAGUCCUCCAUCCACAAAUACAGCAACGACAAUGGUACAGUCACUGUCAUUGCCACGGCUGUGCUGCCGCAUCGCAAUGUCAACAACACGGAGGUUGAAUGUGAAGUUCAUGUGCCACUGGUUGAUCCAAAAAAGGUGGUUAUGCCGAUUCCUGAGGUCAAACUGGCCUCUGGUGAUGGUCCUGAGCGUCAAACUGGAUCUGAGGACAUUGAUCUUACUUGGGUCAUACCGGUUGUUUUGGUCUUCCUUUUGAUAGUUUUGUGCUCCGUUUUGUUCUCAGUUUAUUUGUUCUGGAAACGAAAACAACUGAACAGGCCUGCACACAAGGACCCUGAGGUGAUCAAAACACCGGCAAAACCAGCUGAACCCGAGAUUAGAUCACCUCUCCUCCAGGAACUGGACGAGCAGUCAGGUCCUCGACUCCGGACAUCUACUGUGAAAAAGGGGAAAACCAAGGACCCCAGUGUGACACCUCCAGAAAGGAGCUGUAGACGACCUCUCUUCAAUGACAAGAAGUCACCGUAACGCUUGGUGAAAAAUGAAGAAGUUGGACCGAGACAUAACUGUAGGACUCAUGACUGUGACUCCAGCAGAGAUGCGCUUCUGUAUCUAGAUGAAGCGUUAGAAUCAAUCCAUUCAGACACAGCUCGUUUAUGCUUUUCUAAUUCUUUAGGAAAUAGAGUCAUAAUUGAUGCUGCUACAUUAAUCUUCAAUAUAUAUGUCUCCAUUCAGAAGACAUCUAAAAAGAGAUGAUGUAAAUACUUGUGAUUUUGUAGCAUAUGUUAAUAAAAAAAAGAUGUUUCCAGCCA